AUGACCAUCCCGCAUCUUCUCGAAGGCCUUGCAGCAGGACUAAAUAUAGGCGCCGACUUCACUACUGUGGCAGGAGCCGCAGGACUACUUGGGUCUCCCGAUCCAGCUUCAGGCUCGUUUGACUUGGACGCCCUCGAUCGCCAUAAUUUUCCCAUCGAGCAUGAUGCAAGCCUUUCUCGCCAGGACGCAUACUUUGGCGACGACUAUAGCUUCUACCGCCCGAACUGGCAGCAAGUGCUAAGUUACUACGAUGGCGACUCGUUCACCAACAUUCCGCAUGCUGCAGCUGCGAGAUAUAGCCGUGUCCUGUCAAGUCGAGCCACGAAUCAGAAAUGCUGUAUGGCGCUCGGCAAUUCGUCCUCUCGUAUGGCGAGACAGCGUUGCGCCGCACCCAUCAGCUACGUCCGCAGUCUCUUCGAGCAGGAGAAGCUUCCUUUCGACCUAGGAUGGAGACCAAGUCCUUUACCCAUCACGUUCGCCAGUCUGAGCGUUAUGGCUGCGGAAUUGCAAGCUGGGUCAAACGAGACUCCACCUGGCGAUGCACAGAUCGGCGCGCAAGUCAGAAGUUCUUCGAGAUGGGUCGCCGAUCCCGAGAGGCUGACUUGUUCUGUGCGGGUAGCGACUCGCUGCUGGAUGUCUUCGUCUCUAUUGCAGGUGGCUCGAGUGCUCUCGCUGCUCUCACGGCUGGUAUCAGCUAUACUCUCGGUCUUUGAGGACGUCCACAAGCCAACAACAUAA